AUGCUCACCUUCCCCGCCCGGUACUCGCGCUGGCUGCCUCUCCUUGCCGGGGCAGUCAUAAUAUUCCUAUUCCUGCACCUCCGACACUCCGGCCAGGGAUUGUAUACCCCAGUAAUAGUCACCGAACCAUCCACAACACCAUCCAAUCAAACAACUAACACCAACGCCAACACCAAUCUCGACAUCAAAUCCAACAUCACAGACUUCAACCCAGCUGACUCCAACCCCACAUCCGCCUCGUGCCGCCCACUCCCCGGCAUCGAAGACAUCCUCGUCAUCCUAAAAACCGGCAUAACAGAAGCCCAAGACAAAGUCCCCGUCCACAUCAAUACAACUCUCCGCUGCAUCCCAAACAAACUAAUAGUCUCCGACUACGAAGAAGAAAUAUCUGGCCUCCACACCCACGACGUCUUCCGCAACACAACAUACACCCUCCUCGAAAACCUAGACUUCGCUCUCUACAACCGCGCCAAGUACCAAGGCCGUGCAGGCCUCAGCUCCGAAGAUGUAACCAAAGUCGCCAACAGCGCCGCAGGAAUGAUCCAGAACCCAGGCUGGAAACUCGACAAAUGGAAAUUCCUCCCCAUGGCCGUCGAAGCACGAAACUCCAACCCAACCGCGAAAUGGUACGUCAUCCUCGAAGCAGACACCUACCCAAUCUGGCCUACCCUGGUAGCCUGGCUUGCGCAGCUUGAUCCAACCGAAAAGCUCUACCUGGGCAACCAGAUGCAGAUUGGGGAAGACGUAUUCGCGCACGGGGGGUCAGGCAUUAUACUUUCGAAUCCGGCGAUGCAUGCGCUUGCGGAUGAGUACCUGCUUCAUAUGGAUGAGUGGCAUGAGAAGACGAAUCGGCAUUGGGCUGGUGAUUGUAUUAUGGGAAUGGCGCUUAAGGCUAUUGGGAUCCAGCUUACGUGGGCGUGGCCUCAUGUUACGGGGCAUUCUGUUUGGGAACAGGAUGCGAUUAAUGAGGCUUUCGGGAAGGUUCAGUGGUGUUAUCCGCCUGUUACGUUUCAUCAUAUGACACCCGUGGAUAUUGGGCGGAUGUUCGAGUUUGAGAGCGAGUGGCAUGCGGAUGGAAAUCCUUCCUAUCCCUUGUAUAGUGAUGUGUUUCGUCUACUUGUCCGUCCAACUCUUGUUGAUGUGAGAGAGAACUGGGAGAACUCUGCUCCGCAGGAGGUCCUGAAAGAAGGCGAGGAUAAGACUCCGUUUACACAUUUUGAGUGUGCGGAGAUUUGUGCCCAAAAAGAAAGGUGCACGCAGUAUCGCUUUGACGAGGCUGGGACUUGUAAGGUCUCUGACUAUGGGCUUAGUGGCCGACCUUCACCGGGUGUUACUUCUGGGUCGAUGUUGUGGAGGAUCGAUGAAAAAGUGCGACUUUUGGGACAGUGUGAGAGUCCGAUGUGGAUAUUGUGA